AUGGAUGAAAUACUGCUCUGGCUGGAUACAACGCUGAACAUCGAUCCAAAAAUACUACAAGACGGGGCAAUCCCUGCAAACGGUGGCGCAGACCACAUGGCCAGACAGUUACAGGCAAUACGACGAGACAGGGCAGCGUUGGAAAGAGAGUACAACUCGUUGCUGACGGCACUACGUAUGCGUGAUGCGAUUGAGUCCUGUGAGCAAAACAUUACCGAGCAACUACUCAGGAUGAACUUCAACCCCCAUUCAAAUGGGAAUAGGAAAACGCGUGAGACUGAGUCCGAGGAAGAGUCCACCAGCCCAGAGAGACGAGAGGCCAGAGAUGUGCUGAUGACCUGGCUGUUCCAACAUACUCGCAAUCCAUAUCCCACUAUCACCGAGAAGGAUGUGUUCGUUGAUAAAACAGGCCUCAGUAUCAAGCAAAUCAACUACUGGUUCAUCAACGCCAGGCGGCGGGUGAUCCCGCGCCUACAGGAGCAGGGCAUGCUACCCGAAGUGACUGUGGACGAUGAAGUCAGUGAGAUGGAUGCAGUGAAUAACUGGUACAAACGGCCCAACAUAGAUGAAGACUAA